AUAAUAUUGUCAUCAUGCAUGCAUAUGCUAACGAAUUCUCCCUUGCAAACAAUAGAUCUUCCAAUGGCUGCAUCUGCAACCUCUUCUGCUUUCCUUCUCCUCCUCCUCUUCUUCUUCUUCUUCCCCAUUUUCGUUCAACCCCAAAGCACAAAUUUCAUCUUCAACGGUUUUAAUGGAAGUGAAGCAAGUCUUGCACGAGAGGGAGCCUCCAUUACCAGGCCUGCUGGUGCACUUGAGCUCACAAACAAGUCACAGAACCUCAUAGGCCACGCAUUCUACGCUGAACACAUACAAAUGCUGCAGCACAGAAACGACUCUUCCUCGGCUCCUUCAACUGCUUCCUCUUUCAGCACAACUUUCGUCUUCGUAAUCAUUCCCCCGGGCUCCAGAAAAGGCGGCCAUGGCCUCGCCUUCACUCUCUCCCCCUCUGUCACGUUUCCAGGGGCUGAAGCUGGGCAUUACCUGGGACUCUUCAACUCCUACAACAACAACAAAUCCUCAAACCAUAUUCUUGCAGUUGAAUUCGAUACGGUAAAUGGGUUCGGUGAAGCUUCAGACAACGUGGGAAAUCAUGUUGGAAUCAACAUCAAUAGCAUGUCCUCGGUUGUGACCGAACCGGCUUGUUAUUAUAUCAACAACACAAGUAAAAAGGAGGAGAUGCAGUUGGAGGACGGCGAUCCAAUCCGUGCUUGGAUAGAUUAUGAUGGUGUUAGAAAACUCCUGAAUGUAACAAUAUGUCCUUCUCUCCUAGAGAAACCUACUAAACCCCUCAUUUCCCAUCCCCUCGACCUAUCGCCUUACGUUAAGGAAGUUAUGUUCGUUGGCUUCUCUGCAUCCACGGGGAACAAGGCAAGCUCUCAUUUCAUUCUGGGAUGGAGUUUUUCAAUGAAUGGAGAAGCUCCUCCACUCGAUCUUUCUCUACUUCCUCCUUCACCGCCAAAAGAGGAAGAUCCGUCCUCUCUCGAUCAUCGAAUUAUUGGUCUAAUCUCAGCCUUAGCUGCUCUGAUUGCUCUAUUGUUAGGAAUACUGUUCUAUUUUGCAGUGUAUAGAAGGAUGGCAAAGCAUGAGGAUCUUGAAGAUUGGGAACUAGACUGUCCUCACAGGUUCCAUUACAGGGAUCUUUACACUGCAACUGGGGGUUUCAGAGACAGCAAGAUCAUUGGAAUCGGAGGUUUCGGUGCGGUGUACAAGGGCGUGUUACCAACGACUGGAGCUGAAGUUGCUGUGAAAAAGAUCACCCGCAACUCAAUCCAAGGGCUGAGAGAGUUUGCUGCGGAGAUCGAAAGCUUAGGCCGAUUAAGGCACAAGAAUUUGGUUAAUCUCCAGGGAUGGUGCAAGCGAAAGAAUGAUCUCCUUUUGGUCUAUGAAUACAUUCCAAACGGAGGCCUUGACUCGCUCCUCUUCGAUCCCAGAAACAACUUUGUACUAAGUUGGGAGCAAAGAUUCAAUGUUCUUAGAGGCAUUUCUGCGGGAUUAUUGUAUCUGCAUGAAGAGUGGGAGCAAGUGGUGAUCCACAGGGAUGUGAAGUCUAGCAAUGUUCUAAUAGAUGCAGAAAUGAAUGCGCGGUUAGGGGACUUUGGCCUAGCUAGGCUGUACGAUCACGGUACCCUUUCACACACCACCAAUGUUGUUGGCACAAUUGGGUAUAUUGCACCCGAACUUGCUCGAAACGGGAAGGCUUCUGCGAGCUCUGAUGUUUUUGCAUUUGGGGUUUUAGUCCUUGAAGCCGGGACUGGGAGGAGGCCGGUCGAUUCAGGAAACUUCUUCUUGGUGGAUUGGGUGAUGGAUUUGCAUGAAAGGGGUCAAAUUCUUGAUGCUGUGGAUCCUAUGUUGGGUUCAAUCACUGAUGUGGCUGAAGAGGUGAAGUUGGUUCUCCAGCUGGGUCUUUUGUGUUCUCAUCACAAGCCAGAAUCUAGGCCUAGCAUGAGAAAAGUUAUGCAGUACCUCAAUGGGGAGGAGAGGCUUCCAUUGAUUGAGAGCUCUGGUUCCUUUGACUCCAUCAUUGAGAUGAAUUCAAGGUUUUUGGAAGUAAUUUCUAGUGACAUGAUCCCGAGAUCAUAUAGAUCAUCUUCCAUCAGUGGCUUCUCUGCUGGUUCUUUGGGCACUGGCAGAUAGAUGAGCUUCAGUACAGUCUUAGCCUUAUUUUAUUUAUUAUUUAUUUAACUUUUUAAAGGCUGCAUUUGGGAGGAUAACUGGAUUUACUACUCCUUUGGACUUAGAUUUUGUGGAUUUGGGUAAAGGUAAACAAAUUUUGUGCUGUGUUCUAUUCGAAUAGGCAGAAAUCGAAAUCCAAGCUUCAAAUUAACUCCAAGCUCCCAAACAUAGGGUUGGAAAUACUUUUUUCCUCAUUUUCUUUUCUUGGCUUGUUAGAUUUUAAGAUAUGUGGAUUGUCCUCCACUGUGGGCUGUUUAGGAUCUGUGAAAUGGUGGAGGAUUUUAUUUUAAACCAUUUGGUCAUUCUUUCUUAACUCAUUGUAUAUCAGAGGAAAUACUUUUACAAAAGGAGAUGAUUGGCACAA